UAUUUGUAUAAAUAGUCGUCGAAGAACUUUGAGUGUAUCAGUUGUUUACUCGCUGAAAACAAUCUAUCUACAAUGAACUCUGCCUGUUUUGUUGCCUUUUUCGCCCUCGUGGCUGUUGCCAAUGCUGGCAACUUGCUUCUUCCAUCCGCAAGGCUUAUCCAAGGAACCACCGUAGUUGCCCACAACGCACCUGUUGUAGCUGCCCCAGCUUUGGCUUAUUCGUCUGUACCUCUGGCUUAUGCAGCUCACUCUUCUCCUGUGGUGUCGGCAUAUUCAUCUCCCUUAGUAUCCGGCCUCCCCGUUGUAUCAGCUCACUCUGGUGCCGUACUAUCCGGAGUUGAAAGUACGGUAGUUGCUGGUCCUUCUGGCACCAUCGUUUCAGGAAGGUCCGUAGGAGCUCCAGUGGUUUCAGCUUGGUAGACUGUGACUAGACCUAAUUCGGCAGAGUGUAGAUUUUCAAAUAUAAAAAAUAUUUCAUUAUA